AUGGGGACGACGAACAAGAGCGCGGCGUACUUGAAGGAAAAGAACCCGUUUGGAAAGGUGCCGUGCGUGGAAAACGUCGAGCGCGGGAGCGCGGCGUUUGAAAGUAACGCGAUCGCGAGGUAUUUGGCGAGCACUGGGGCUACGGGAGGGAGCAUUUACCCCAAUGAUGCGUGGACACGAGCGAGAAUUGAUGGUUGGAUGGAUUCUUUCAACGUCGUGGACGUGUGCGGACCGCAGUGGUUGUAUCCGAUUGUGGGCAUCGGCGCCGCUCGGGGAAUCGUGUACGAUGAAAAGAAGGAGAGCGAGGCGAAAAAGAUCGUGGCUGGGUUCAUGGCGGCCGUGGAGGCGUACUUAUCGGCGCACGAUGCUGUGUUCUUGGUAGAUAACGCGCUUUCGCUCGCUGAUAUCGUCGGCGCGAGCGGCUUGAGCAAC